AUGGCUGGAAUAACUUUCGCAACAAUCGAAGAUGAACUUCAAUACUACAAAAGUAAAGUUUCUACGUUGGAAGCUUCCCUAAAAGAAACGCAAGAAGAGUUGGACGAGUUUCAAACUUCCUCGAGGGAACUUGAAGAGGAGUUGGUCAAAGAGUUGGAAACUUCGGAAAAACGUCUCGCCGAGAUCAAAACAAAAAAUGAAAUAUUGAAGAACGACGUUGACGAGUGGAAGCAAAAAUAUUAUCAAGCAAAGACCGAUUAUAAU